AUGAGAAUUUGUGUCUUCCAAUCAUCCUAUGAGGGCUCUGACUCUGUGCUUGGAGACCUCCACGAUUCAUCCCAGCCUGGCCUCUUUACCUCACAGCACGAAUUCACAUACCGCUUCAUACACAAAGACAACGCACAGCAAGAGAUCGAUGCUGCUGUUGCCGAAGGGUUCGAUUUCUACUUCAACUUUCUCUGGGGCACCCUCGAUGACCCUGUUGCAGGCACGUUAGCCAGCCGCUACUUUGAGUCUCUGGGCUUGCCAUCCUGCGGUGUCCGCAGCUGGGAACGGUCCAAGACGAAGAAUGACUUCUAUAAAGCCGCGAGACUCCACGGAACACCACCCGUUCCUGGCGCUGAUCGUUUCCCGCUGUUUGUCAAGCCGGCUAAUGGCUGUGCCAGCCAGCUGAUUGACGAACACUCCGUCUGCCAUAAUCAAGAGGAGCUAGAUUUGGCUCUUGGUCGCAUCAACAAAUCAUUGCACGAGGCACGCGUUAGACGUGCACACGCUUUGGGUAUAAAAGACCCAGUCGAGUACGCGAGCUCCUACGACCCUACCAGCCGGGACAACGACGACGUUGUUGUACAGCAGUACAUAGACGGCAAGGACUAUACUUGCUCUGUUGUAGAAAUGGGCCAGAGCUGCAUUGCCCUGACGCCAUUCGUGUACAAUACGAAGCAAACCACAAGCAAGGACAAGUUCCUUACCUUUGACUUGAAGUUCGACCAAGAGACUCGUAUCGAGCUUCUGCAGAAGCAGCACAAUCCCACCCUGUUCGAACGUCUUCAGCAAGUGGCCCUGGAAGCAUUCACCAUCAGCGGCUGUAAAGGCAGCAACAUGGGGUGCGAUGUUGAUCUCCGCGCCACGACGACAGGAGAAGUCUUUGCCAUCGAGGUGAAUCCCCAGCCGGCAGCCUUCAUGCCGGACGGGGUAUUCCAGGAUCUGCCCAUUAUACACAGUCUGCCAGGCGGCCAUUCCGCUGUAAUCAACAUCUUCAUCGCCAACCAUAUGCUUGGCCAUCCGGACAAGUGGUCCCAUCAACCAAAGAUCGCGUCCGUGUAUGACGGCUUCGCACCCAAGUAUGACACACUUGUUAACCAAGCGGCCACCAUGCUGGAAUCGGCCAGGCGACUAGCUGGUCGGUUUGAAUUCUCCGGAACGGUGCUCGAUCUCGCAUGUGGAACUGGAAUCUUUGGCCGAGCGCUGGCGGAGAGCAAGAAAUCCUCUUCUCCUGCCGUCGCCGUCUCAAGUCAGGAGUAUCGCCUUCUAGGAUGCGAUAUCUCCCCUGGGAUGUUAGACAUUUGCCGGUCAUCCGGGGUAUACGAUAACCUUUUUACGGACUCCAUGGAGUCGACACUACUCAGAAUCAGCAACGAGGAUCAUGGCAAGAGCGUCGAUCACAUCACUUGUUUCUCGUCGAUGCAUUUUCUGCGCCCCGAGAUGUUUUCCUUUGUCAUGGUGCUGUGCUUCACCCUCGCUAACAAGUCCGUCACGAUUAGCGUAGACGAGAUCCCGGAUGUCUAUAAUGAGAAGCUCAAGAAAUCGGGACAUGACUUUAUGCAUUCGACCAAUCAUCUCGCGAGCAUGGGGUCGUUUUGCGAGCCUAAAGGCUGGCGUUUGGAGUGCAGAGAGACACAGUAUUCCUGGACGUCGCCUGCCACGGGGGAUCGCAUUUACACCACCUAUUUCAGAUUUGAAAGAGUAGAUGGUGAUACUAGAGACGUUAUGAUCGGAGGCGUUCAACUUCCGAAUUGA